AUGCAAACGUUAACAAUAAAAAAAAAAGCAAAUAAAUAUAAUAAGAAAAAAAAUAAUCAUAAGGAAAAAAAGAAAUAUAAAGAUAAAGUGAAUAAGAUUAAAAGAGAAAAUAAAGAAGAGGAAGAUAAAAAAGAUGAUGAAAAAAAAGAAACACAAAAAAAAUUUAAAAAACCAGCUGAAGAUAUAACAGUAUUUACCUCCGCCAUUGAUCCUUAUGAUACUCCUUUACAAUGGUGGGAAACCGAACAUAUAAGAUAUGCGUAAAAUAAUUAUCCACCAGUUAAAUUUCGAUUAGAGAAAGUGAUGGGAAGUCAUAUCGUACGAUUAACUGAUCGUAAAUAUAUGAUACUUCUUAUGGCUAAGCUUUUCGAAGAUCAUAUAAAACAACAAAAUAUUCGUAUCGAGAAGAGAAAGCUGCCACCGCCAUCGAUGAUGUCUCGAUUAUUAGAAAUUUCUUAUAAAACACUUUUUGAAAAGCUGCAAGAAUCUGGAUAUGAUAAAUUAAAACUAUAUGAAUAAAAAACAAUUGUAAUUAUGGUUAAUAUUUGUGUAAUAUAAUGUGAUACAA